AUGGAUAGUUUAGGCACUGCAAUUAAUUUAAUGAACCGUAAUUGUUAUUUUGGUAGUAUAGACUUGAAGGAUGCAUUUUUUAGUAUUUCAGUCAGAGAGUCUGAUCGAAAAUUUCUCCGAUUCACGUGGAAUGGGGAAUUAUAUCAAUUUACAUGUUUAGCUCAAGGUCUAAGUACUUGCCCACGUGUUUUUACAAAGAUAAUGAAAUGUGUGUUUUCUGAAUUACGGAAGAAAGGUCAUUGCAAUUCAGCCUAUAUCGAUGAUUCUCUUUUAAUUGGACAAUCUUAUGAGGAUUGCAUUAAUAACAUUAAUGACACAGUUACGUUAUUCGAUAAACUAGGUCUUACAAUUCAUCCAAAUAAAUCCGUUUUCGUUCCGACACAAGAAAUUCAACAUCUUGGGUUUGUGUUGAAUUCACGAGAAAUGUCAGUGCGUCUUACUCAAGAAAAAUCUCAAAAAUUCAAGGAAUUAUGUAAACAAAUUUUACGCAAGGAAUAUGUUUCUAUCAGAGAAUUUUCUGAACUGAUAGGUAAAAUGGUAGCAAGCGAAUACGGCGUUCCGUAUGCAAAAUUAUUUCACAAAAGACUGCAUAUAACUAAAAACGAACAGUUACGGAAACAACGAGGCAAUUAUGACGCAAAAUUCGGUCUCAAUGAAAUGUGUAAGCAAGAUAUAAAUUGGUGGAUCGAUAAUAUAGAGAUUUGCAAGAAAUAUGUGUGUAUUGGAAAUCCCGAAAUUAUAAUUAGAUCAGAUGCGUCUUUAACGGGAUGGGGCGGAGUUUAUGAGAGCCAAUCUACAGGUGGUAGAUGGUCGGCUGAAGAAAAUUCUUAUCACAUUAAUCAGCUAGAAUUGUUAGCUGUGUAUUUAACACUGAAGUCAUUUUGUAGCAACGCGUCAUGUGUACAUAUACACGCGCAGAUAGAUAACACAACUGCUGUGACGUAUAUAAAUAAAAUGGGCGGUAUGAAAGAAAAUCUCAAUGACUUGACAAGGGAGAUUUUGUUAUGGUGUAUAAAUAGAAACAUCUGGUUAACUGCUGCACAUUUACCGGGGAGUGAAAAUUGCGAAGCUGACUAUGAAUCGCGUAAUAGCAAUGAUGACACUGAAUGGGAAUUAGAUAGUGAAGUUUAUAUAAAAAUUGAACAAUUAUUUGGAAGCCCUGAUAUUGAUUUAUUUGCUUCACGGUUAAAUUACAAAGUUACGCCAUACUGUUCUUAUAGACCAGAUCCAAAUGCAAAACUUGUUGAUGCAUUUACUUUUAAUUGGGGAACAAACUUUAAUUAUAUUUUCCCUCCUUUCAGCAUACUAGGAGCAGUAUUGAGGAAGAUUGUACAGGAUCAGGCAGAUGCAAUCGUAAUAGCCCCGUUAUGGCCAACUCAACCUUGGUUUCCAAAAAUUCUACAGUUGCUUGUGGAUUGUCCCAGAAUUUUACCAGUGAAGAAAUCACUUGUGACACUUUCGUUCAACAAAACAAAAGUUCAUCCGCUCCUCAACAAACUUCACCUGACAGCGUUCAAAUUGUCCGGGGAUCAUUUGAAAGUCAAGGUUUAUCAAAAUCAGUUGUCGACAUUAUCAUGCAUUCAUGGCGAGACUCCACAAAACAACAAUAUUGGAGUUAUAUCAAAAAGUGGGUGUGUUUUUGUGUUGAAAAACAUGCUGAUCCCAUGUCAUCAACUGUCAAUUUAG